UCGACUCUGCACGGGGGCACACGUGCAGAUAUUUAAUCAAGAUCGGAACAUAACGAACGCACGUGUUUAAUUACGAAAUCUAGGCUGUGAAAACUUGUGUGAAACAUUAAUGUUUUUUGUUAUGUAUUAAAAACUUCUUUGUGUUCAAUUUAUGUAAAAGUAUACACAGUGGCCAAAUCUAUAUGGGAGCACGGGUAACGUCAAGAAGGAGCACAUAGGCGGAAAAUCGAAUACGGAUGCACGUGCGAUUUGUCAUCGAAUCGCUUCAGUAGACACUGCGAAAAUAUCGAGUAUGGAGUAUUGCAUGUUAGCCGUGGUAUACACUGUCCUGUCCUUGAUAACAACAGGAGUAUCAUCGCUACAGUGCUACCACUGCCUCAUCAACCCUCCGCCGGGCCAGUACUACAACACUACGAAGAGGCUCUGCGUGCACUUCGACCACUCUGACAAGUUCAUAGUGGAAUGCCCCUACUCUACCAUGUGCAUGAAGCAGGAAUUCCAUCUCGACAUACAAAACGGAGUAAGGAUAAACGGCGUCCUUCGUGAUUGUGCGCCACAGAAGCACGAGUACCAGGAUUAUAAGAAUGGCAGAUGGUCGCCCAAGAUGGAGAUCUUGGAACCUUACAAAGAAGGUUGCAUCAAUGAAGACGACAAGGGCCAAAGAAGUACACCUACGAGAUACUGCUAUUGCCGCAACAACCUUUGUAAUGCUUCUCCGAGUUCCAGCCAUGAAGGCUACACAGACAUCAUGGGCGUCAUAGUAGUGUUUAACCUCAUGAAAUACAUCAACAGCCUUAGGUAGUUGUUGUAGGAGCGUGUAGGCUUUAAUUAUGUUAAUUGUUACGAAAUGUUGUUGCGUAAUACUAAGUAGUAGGUACGCAGCUGUCUACAGAUGAGACAGGCACUGGAACCUUGUCGGCUGUGAAAUAAUGCAGUGCGAAGAAAAAAAUCUGGUGUUCAAUGGUGAAAAAUUUUGAACACCCUGUACUAUUCUACGCCACGAAACAACUCGCAAUACUUUGUGAUAAAUAGAAGGGUAUAGUGACUUUAUAAUUUAAGACAUUAAUAUAAUGUUUAAAUGUAAUUUGUAAUAAAUUAAUAAAUGAAUUUAAUUACUGUACAUAAAAUAUUUAUGGACGCG